AUGCAGUACAACAGGCGCCGCGUUUUACUUGUCGCAUUCAGAACGCUCCAGUCCUCACUCUUGCUCUUGUUUUUCCUUUUCUUCAUUCUUGCCGUUUUUAUCUCAACGGCGGACCCUCUUUCCAUCUCAGCGAGCAUCGCUGGGUUAGUUGCUCUUGCCGAUCUCAUCUUCAGGUCAGGUACCAAAUACGCCAAGAGCUACAGAGGUACAUCAACAGAGGUUGCAAACCUCAUCCGUGAAAUCAGGAGCCUCUCUGUUAUCUUGCACAAUAUUUCACUUGUCGCUUUUGACCUGGAAGAGACAGAAUCGCCUGAGCUAACUACUGUUCACGAGCCGCGGCCCAUUCUUCAACCGCAUUAUCUCCACGAUUGCCACCAACUGCUGAGGCGCUUGGAGACAGGCCUUUCGCGUACAGAAUCUUCCUUAAAUUCGGAUUCUGGACGCGAAAGACUGCAUGCUCGAAUAAAAUGGCCUUUCACAUCAACCAAGUCCAAGGAAAUGAUCCAAGAUAUACAGCGCUACAAUCAGAUCAUCCAUACAGCUCUUGCCGCUGACUCUCUGGCCCUGCUUAAAUAUUGCUUAUCACGACAAGCCGAGAUAAAAGAUGGGCUCGACAAGAUUAAAGGCACUGCGGAAAAGAUCUUGGACAUCCAAGUCAAGAUCGCUCUCGAUGCCAAAAGGAAUCAAGUUCUGCGAGACUUUGGCCAAGUCAAUCCCCGGGGCGAAUACGAGACGAACAGGAAGCUCCGGCUCUGGUGUAGUGGUAUACCUGGUGCUGGGAAAUCCGUCCUUGCUGCAGCCAUGAUUGAGGAGUGUUUGCAGAGAAAUGCUCAUGAUGCAGGUAAAGCAGUCGCAUACUUCUUCUGCACCUAUAAAUACGAGCGCUCCCAACAUCCAGUCGUCAUUCUUUCGUCUCUCUGCAUGCAACUCGCAAUGCAGUGCGAAAAUGCUUUCCGAAUCUUACAGGAUUAUCACGACCAACUGUUCUCAAGUCAUCACCUCUCCACAAAGCCCACAGCUGAAAUGCUCACACAGAUACUGCAUCGCAUCUGUGCUUGUUUUACCCGAGUCUAUAUUAUUGUUGAUGGUAUUGAUGAGUGUGACAGUCGAGUGGAAGCAAAUGUAGACUGCUUGGCCAACCUUGCCCUGUCACAAGGCGAUGAUGUUAUCAACAUGGCACUGUUAAGCCGGGACGAGAGCAUCAUACGUACGCGUCUAGAAAAAGACUUUCCUCAUGUCGAAAUUGAGGCCCAUACUGAGGAUCUACAGCUCUAUGUUGCCUCGGAACUUAGUGAAAGGAUUGCUUCGAAACGACUGGUCGGGGAAGCUAAAGGGAUGUUUCGCUGGGUAGCCUGUCAACUGGACUACAUGUGCGAACCCCUAACAGACAAAGCUCGACGUGAAGCCUUGAGCAAGCUCCCCCCAACACUGUAUAAAACCUAUGAUCGCAUCUUACUGAGGAUUGAUGGUUACGAUGAUACAGUGAAACGACUAGCCAUCUCUUUGGAAGAGGAUGCAACAACUCUCGAAAAUGAUGAGAUUGUAGAAGAAGAGGAAUUGCUGCCAUGGUGCAGUAGCCUUGUUCGAGUCGACAAAUCCAGUUCCUUCACCGAUGGCAAAACGAGAAUUCAGUUUGCACACUUUACAGUCCAAGAAUAUCUUCAGUCGCUAAAAACUCGCAAUUCGGAUCAUCAAUACCCACAGCUCAGGGACUAUACUGUUUCGCACGCAGAUGGUGUGGACUUCUUUUCUUUCCUCUGUCUUCGCUUCCUUACCAUGGAGGAUAUGGAGCGAUUUCCGCCGACUCGUGACACAUCACGCACUAUCGACGAUAUUCUCGCGCAACGCAGGCGCAGAACUUUUUACGGUAAAUCAGUACUGACUUGGACGUCAUAUACAACGCCACCCUUAAAGAUGGAAGGUAGAACGCACAAGCUCCUGCGAAAGCUCCUUCAUCCAUUCAAGACGCCCGCUUUCUGUCUGUGGGCAAUUGACUUCAUAUUCUGUCAUCAUCCCUCAUCUCUAAACACCUCUUCCGAGUCAAGAAAGAUUCUAUCGCAAGCCAUCACUGCAGUGAUCAGGCCCGAAUUUACCCCUCUUCAUAUGGCAUCUGCAUUCAGUAUGCGUGAUGUAUGCCAGGAGUUGCUGGAAAGUGGCUCUGAUGUACUGGCAUGCAGCAGAUUUGGCACUCCGUUCCACUUUCAGUUGUUGCUGAACGUCUCAAUGUCACCCCUUGCCACCCCGUUACCAUCGGAAACUAUCCUAUCUCUCACCCUCUCAUGCCCUGACACUUUCACCAACAAUCUGGAAAUCGUUAUCGAGCUUGUUAAGGCUGGUGUGUCUAUCACGGCUCAAGAUGUGCAACUCUUCAGGAUUCGUUAUGAUCGGUACCUACAGAUGCCUUCUUUCACCUCUGAGACCUCACAAAUGUGGUCCCGCUUUCCGCAAUUGUACAAGACCCUUGGUGACAAUAAUACGCCAGGUUCGCCGAGAUUUGUUCUUCGCCAGGAAACCGGAGAGUUUAUCUUAAGAACAGGCGAAACGAUACCAUCCCAAUCACCAGAAGACCAAUCUCUCGACGGCGCUAGUAAUGAAGAAGUUCUUAGAUACAUCCAUUCACUUAUCAAACUGAACGAUGAAACCGGGAUGAACGCUUUCCUUACCACACGGAGAGCUGAAUUGGCCCAGUCGACAGACAUUGAUCCCGAGCAUCCUGGCUGGAAUGCUCUUCAUCUUGCAUUAUUUGAGAGAUCUUAUCGAGUUUUAGCCCCAUUGUUAGCCUUCGGCCUGGGCCCGCGUGCUGAUAGACCCGACGGUUUCAAGCCAGUUCAUAUGUGCUGUCGGGAGAACACCUGGGAGGCUCUUCAAAAAUUAGUGCGCUUUGGUGGGUCAAUCCUCGAUACCGAUAACUUGGGCAGGACUGUGUGGCAUUUGGCCACAGAGGUGAACUCGGUGAUGGUUUUGGAGGAGCUGCUUGACUUGGGCAACGUUGAUGUUGCGCUGAAAAUGACAUCUAAGCACCAUGAGACUCCUAUUUGUGCGGCAGCGACUCGAUUACACCUCGAGGCUGUUUCUGUCUCAACUGCAAAGAACACAUCUGCCCUAUCCCUCAUUGUGUAUGAACCCAGGUUCUCUGAGGCUACUCAAUCCUUACAUCGAUUCGGCAUCCUGUCACAAACGUCAUGUGGUAUGCGUGCUCUGGCAUAUGCAUUCCAUCGGGCUAUUCUUCAGGAUGACGUACAGACUUGUAAAAAGCAUUACAGUCUCGGCUGCCCAUUAGAGUUUCUCGAUCUUUUCCCAGAGCGACCGAACCUUAACAUCCUUCUUCCAACAUUAUUGAAUGCAUGCCUUGCAGAGGGAGGAACCUUUUCACACAAACAACACAGUAUCUUCAACAUACCUCUCGCUUCAAAUAACACAGAUGGACCCAUGAUAAUGAUGAACAAACUUCAGGGCAAGGCCUUGGGCCAAGGUGAAGUCACCACCUCAAGACUUGACUCGCUCAGUGCCAUUAUUAAUCAGAAGGCUAUCCGUCAUCAGAACCGGACUCCUCUUUUUAUGGCAGCUGCGCAAAACAAUGUCAAAGCGGCAAAUGCUCUGCUUAUUCAUGGAGCCGAUGUCAACACAACCGACGACAGAAAUUGUACGCCUCUAUUUGUUGCAGUUGAACACGGUUCAAUGGAAGUUGUAGAGCUACUCAUCUGUCGCGGUGCCCAUGUCGACGUGAUGAAUACUUCAUCCUACAGACUCCUUGAUGUGGCUUUCGUACAGAGAUCAUGGAGAAUGCUCGGCAGUUGGCCUGACCCUUUCUUCUCCAACGGAGUAGACGCGUUGGUCGCGAUAACCUAUAACCUCCGGUAUGCCAAACCUGCAAUCAAGAUUGAGGGUAUUCGCCAGUUGUGUGGCCUGGGAAUUCCAGGUACUCAUUGUUUGCUAUGCCGAGCAUCCUGCUGGGGUUCGGUCACAGCGAUUCAAAACCUCAUCAAGUUCGGGAUUAGUGAUCUUGAACAUCAUUGUCAUGAACACGGAUCGCCUUUGAAUGCUGCCGUUCAAAGCCACAGAUUGGAGGCCGUCAAGUCCCAUUACGAUGGCAGGAUAAGAGUUCUGUUGAGAGCAUCUUGGAAUACGCCAAACGAAGACAUUGGCUUGAAACUGAGUACAAGGCAAGUACUGUUCGAGAUACUCAAUUGUUGCGACCAAAAGAGAGACGUGGCGGCAUGUCGAGUGUUGAAUGGCGGGGCUUUUAGAGAGACUGCCAUGAUCAUUGCUGAGGAAGAUUUGACGAUCACUCAGCGCCGCAAGACUGAUAACCAACCUCCAACCAUCCAGCCACGCACACCCAACAGCGGAUCAUCUAUAGCUUCAACCGACCUCGCAAAAAAGCCGAUGAAGUCAAAGCCAAGAAAUUGCAACGCUGCGUUCAGCCGACCAUUUGCUCCCUCCCGGAGGAUCCACUCGGCGGUCGGCACCGGUCGGAAUUACGGAGCUGGCCUUUCGGGCCGUUAG